UGGAAUUUUUAGGGCUAGAAAGCGAGCGAGGUCUGGCGCUGCGCAUAGCAGUCGUGCCAUCGGGAAAAGACAAUAUCAUCCGCGCGCAGAAGAGACACAUCAGAGCCCCUCGGGCACAACAGCGCAAGUGGUCGUCUGAUAUAGUGAUACACUAGAAGAAGGGGAUACGGAAAUAGGAUCGCAUAAGAAGAAUAAGGAUCAGCUGAUUUCCUCAUGUUUGGAUAUGUCGCUAAUGCGUAACGCUCAACACUCCCUCAUGUGAGGGUGUAGAAUGGAAACAACCCUCUACCCAGGCACCGUGGUGAACACUCCGAGGGUCUCCAGCAUCUAUUCCCAGAGCACGAUGAUGAAGAAGGACAUUAAUCUGAACCUGGACGACCACAACUCCGAGCUCAAAUCCAACCCGCUCCGGGACGCAGACGGACUCCUCAACUCCCCAGACCUGGGGCUCUUGAAACUAACCUCUCCGGACCUGGAGCGCCUUAUUAUCCAGUCCAACGGGCUGGUCACCACCGCCAACCCGGCCUCCCACUUCCUCUACCCGAAGUCAGCCAGCGACGAGCAGGAGUUUGCGGAAGGUUUCGUCAAGGCGCUGGAGGAUCUCCACAAGCAGAACCAGCUGAGCGAGGCGGGCUGCGUCUCCGUGGACAGACUGGAGCUCCUCGGAUCAGCCAACGCAGUCAGCUCCGUCGGGCUUCAGACAUCAGACCUUCCCGUCUACACUACUUUGAACGGCUAUGCGACCAGUCCACUCGGAGCCUCCUCUAUCAACUACUCCACGGACACCAUCCCCUUCCCGCCGCCUCCGUCUCAUCUGGCCAGCGCGCAGCAGCAGGCGGCCGCUGCGGCGGCGGCUCUGUCACGACUCCAUUCUGCCGGGUCGGUGAAGGACGAGCCUCAGACUGUACCGGACAUGCAGAGCUUCGGAGGAGACAGCCCCCCUCUGUCUCCCAUUGACAUGGACAACCAGGAGCGCAUCAAGGCGGAGAGGAAAAAGCUGCGCAACAGGAUAGCCGCAUCUAAAUGCCGCAAGAGAAAACUGGAGAGGAUCUCUCGGCUGGAGGACAAGGUCAAGAGCCUGAAAACGCAGAAUACCGAGCUGGCCUCCACAGCCAGCGUCCUCAGGGAGCAAGUGGCCCAGCUGAAGCAGAAGGUGAUGAACCAUGUCAGCAGCGGAUGCCAGCUUUUACCAAACCAGGUCCAGGCGUACUAAAUCCAAGUGAUGGUGCUAUUCAUUACUUCAUGGAAGGUUAUACAGCUCUAAAUUUUACUCUGUGGAUACAGGCCUGUAUUAUGAGGAACAUUUACCGUUUGUAACACAAAAUCCUUUAUCAGAGACUUGAUGUGAGGCCAUAGUAAAUGCACCUCCAGAAAAAGCCUGUAGCCUAACUGAGAAACUAACCAGACAUUUGCACUGCCCAGUGCGAUGAGCAGGCCUUGAUGAGAGCUGCAGGUCUACUGGAAUAAUGGCAGCUUAACCAGCAGCAGGUGUGGGCUGGAGCCUCUUCAGAUCCAUGAAAAACUGGCAGUGUUAAGCAGAAAGCAGACUUAUUUUGUUGCCGUCAUUUUUUGGGGGAAGCCAUGUAGCAAACUGCUAUCCAGUGGACCGGUGCAGGAUAUGUAUGUAUGUGUGUGUGUGUGUGUGUGUGUGUGUGUGUGUGUGUGUGUGUGUGUGUGUGUGUGUAUGUAUAAACUGGACAAUCUCAACAAGAGUGUAACCAAACCCCAGGGUGUCACCAAGUGCUGUCACCCACUGUGUAAUAUAAUGCCUUACUUGUUUACAAGCACUUAGCAAUGACAAAUAUAUAUUUUAUUUACUGGAACAUUUCUUAUUUUACAUAUGGUCUUACUUUGUCUUUUUGCAAAAAUGAACACUGCAUGUCUUGUCACUUUUGUGUACAGUAACUAUUGUAUUUUUUAUUAUGGUGGCUGCUGUGUAGUUCUUCAGUUGCCAAAGUUCAUUGAAUGUAUGUGUACGUGCUGAGAAACCCUAUCUAUUCAUGUUUAAUGGACUUUCAAGUCUCUACCUGACAUUUAUUAAAUUCACUACAUUACUAAA